CUCUCUACAGCCAUGCCAAAAUCCACAAAUGUAAUCUCUUGGGGAGGACAUUCUUGCUUAGAUGGAUUUCUAGUGAUUGCAGCUUGGCUGAACACCUCAAUAAUCGAAGAGCUUCACUGUUGCUUUCAGAGUUUUAUUGAAAACCCAAUUGAGGAAUCAUUUUUCCCUAGCUCUCACCUGAUUGUGCAUUUUUAGCACGCUCAAAUUCACAAUGAAAAAGGGUGAACAAGCACAGCAGGCUCUCUUCUAGAGGCUCUCAGUCUGAGACCACCAGGAUAGGCACAUAUGCGUGUUUUUCCUUUUCUUUCUUUUUUUUUGUAGGCAUAGAAGAUGGGUAUGGGUUGGAGCAAUUUCACAAGAAACCAUCUCAAAAGUGUUUCAGACUUGUCGAGCGGUGAAAAUUGACGGCUGUCAAGAAACUACAGCAGUAGCGGAUUUUACACCUCGUACCUCUCUUCAUCUCUCUCCCUCUGGUCGUGGAGGAUUUUGGCGCGACUCUGCGCGCACGGUAGCGUGCCUGAACGUCUGCGCUUCUCACUCUCAGAUCAACAUGAGCAAGUCACACAUUCCAGUAGAGAGAGGCAGAAUAUAUGCGUGUGUGAGAAGGAGGGAGAGUGGAAUCUGGAGAAAUACCUUAAUGGAUUAUUGGAUGGACCUGUUUGCCCUUUACGCAGAAGGAAUCUGAUUUUCGGACAAUAGCAAUGGAUUGAGUUUCAACUUGACCAUUAAUAGAGAGGUUCUGUCACCGGUAAGACAGAAAGCCAACAUGGACGCCGGUAGUCUGAUACAACAUAUUGAACGAGGCGAAGAGACCACUUCAUGGCCAUUGUCGAUGACCACUGAGUGGUUUGAGGACGGGAACGAGACGACCUGGAAUCAGUUCCAACAGCCCGACUGGCAGGUGGCUCUCUGGGCUAUAGCAUACUCCCUGAUCAUCCUGGUGUCCAUCACUGGGAACGUCACAGUGAUCUGGAUUAUCCUCGCUCACAGGCGCAUGAGGACUGUGACCAAUUACUUCAUCGUCAACCUGGCUUUCUCUGACGUUUCCAUGGCGAGCUUUAACACCCUUUUUAACUUUGUGUAUGCGCUUCACAAUGACUGGUACUUUGGCUUGGGUUACUGCAGGUUUCAGAACUUCUUCCCCAUCACCGCCAUGUUUUCGUCCAUAUACUCAAUGGCUGCCAUUUCAGUGGACAGGUACAUGGCCAUCAUCCAUCCUCUGAAGCCUCGCCUCUCCUCCACCUCUACAAAGGUGGUGAUUGCCCUGAUAUGGAUUGUGGCAGUAUCACUGGCGUUUCCUCAGUGCUACUACAGUGUGACAAGAUUUUAUUACCCCAGAACCGUGUGUAUGGUCGACUGGCCUGAUGAUUAUGGAGGAACACAUCAACUAAGUUAUCAGUUUGCGGUUAUAUUGCUGAUCUACCUUCUCCCUCUGCUGGUGAUGCUGGUGACAUACACUAUAGUCGGCCGAUCACUGUGGGGUGGCCACAUCCCUGGAGAGGCGUCAGACCAUUACCACAGCCAGAUAAAUGCCAAGAGAAAGGUGGUGAAGAUGAUGGUUGUGGUGGUGGUGACGUUUGCCCUAUGCUGGCUGCCCUACCAUGUCUACUUCAUACUGGGAUCAUUCAACAGAGACAUUUAUAAACAACAUUACAUUCAGCAGGUGUAUCUGGCCAUAUUCUGGCUGGCAAUGAGUUCAACUAUGUACAAUCCUAUUAUUUACUGCUGUCUAAACCAAAGAUUUCGCGCUGGUUUCCGUCACGCCUUUGCUUGGUGUCCCUUCAUCAAAGUGUCAGAGGAGGACAGGAUGGAACUGCAGCACACACACACCUUCAGAGUCACCAUGACCCGCAGCCACCGCAAUGACAUGUCAUCCAUUAGAACAAACACUACAUACGUCUCAAACACACUUGCCACCAGUGACCUGGUCACAGAGAGAGAUGCUCGCAGACAGCUUAAGAAGAACACGUGCAACUCGCAUCCGGUGAAGAAACUGGACGAUACUAAAUCUCCAGCUGUGGCGCUUAUGGAGCACACCCAGUGAUCGCUGACAGACAUCAUGAUGAGGACAUUCUCAAAGGGAAGGCAGAAGGGUUUUUCUGAGUUGUGAACAAAAACACUAGAGCUGGUGGAGACAGAGGAAGCCCUGCGGAGUACUGGACAGAGUUAAUCAAACUAAGGCAUUCAUUCCUGUGGAUCAGGAACUUUGUUUGGGUCAAAUAAUACAUGAUGGAUGAAUGAAUGUGACUAUCAAGCUGUUGCAGCACAUACAAAACAUUUAAUUAUGCCAUUGAAGCAUUUGUGGCUGUGUGUAGAUUAAUCCAACCUUGAUCUAUUUACACUGCUCCAAGAAAUUAAGCGAAUUCUUAAAUAUGUGUUCAGCGUGGUUAGAAAACCUUUACUGAUAUCCCAGAUUUGUUUCAAGGCAUCAGUAGUUACUUCAUAAUCUAUUUGGCUAGUUGACAGUCAGUCUGAGGAUUUCUCUCUGGUAUCAGAUAGCAGUCAGGGUAUCACUGGCCAGCAGGUGGAGGUCUGUGCAAGGAUAUGUUUCCCCAGACUAUCACUGCCAAAAGGUCAUGUUUAUCAUGGCAUUCACAGUCUCUUUAACAGCUGUCAUAUAUGCUCAGUGUGCACAGGUCUCACUAAAGGACAUUAGGCCAUUGUAAGUCUAAUUCUAACAGUUUUGUCAGGGGCAUGCACAUCAGUAGUCUUAUUUUGUAGAGCUCUGGCAGUACUCCUCCACAUCCUCUUUAUAGCAAAGAAGCAGAUACUUGUCCUGCUGCUAGGUCGUUGCUUUUCUACAGCUCUGUCCAGCUCUCCUUGUGCCACAUCCUGUCUCCUCCUGGUAUCUCCUCCACACUCUCAAGACUGUGCUGGGAUACACAGCAAACAUCUACUGGAGGAGGUGGACCACCUUUGCAUCCUAAAUGGGAUGCAGGUACAAUCUCAUGCAGAAAAAUCAGUCAGGAGGGUUAAGGAAGGAGCAGCGGUCUGUGGCCACUUGUUGCUCCUCCAGUGCAGCGACUGUGACUUUCAUUCUAACUGGACAGACUGAUUUCCCUGAAGCUGAAUUGACUUUGUGUCAUAGUGUGAUGAUCAAGUGUUCCCUUCAUGUUUUUAGAAGUGUAUUCCACUCCAAAGUGUCCUUCCCCGUUGCCGUCCAGACCUCUACAUGUUCUCUUUCCUCUAUCUGGGACAUUCAAGUGUUACUGGAGAUAUUUAACUGUGGUUACUGGUUUUCUUGUGCAGAGAACGGACAGUCAGUCCAAACCCUUAACAAUGUUGUUUGUGCAGCGUCUUCAUUUGAUAUAAGACUUUCUUUAACAAUUAAGCUAAAAUAGGCGUUUUAUUUAAUUUCUCUUCUAUAUUAAUACUCAAUAAUCAAAGUAAUUCACUCAUUCUUUAAGUUUGUUGGGAUUCAGAAUUGGCAACAACAGCUUAGUUGCUCUUUUUAGUCUGGCUUUUACUCAUAUUGAGGACUCAUAAAACAUUCAGAGAUCAAUUAAAGCUCAAAAUGAUGUCAGAAAAUCACCAGUAAAUACACCACCUUCUCCUAUUUUUUCCUUAAAUUAAUCAGUUGUCUGGUUUGCAUGUAUUCGUUGCUGUGCAGUACUUUUCCCUUUCACACAUUUGUUACAUGGUGCGCAUUAAUACAGUAUUUUUGCUAUUAUAUUGUGAGUUCACUGGAUAAAGUCUACAUUAAAAAUUCAAGUGCCGCUACUUAGUACAAUCUAAUGUGAAACAUAGUGAUGCUAUCUACUGAAGACAUUCAUGUAAAAUACCCAGAAGUAAAUAUGAAACUUGUGGUUGUCGCACAGUUAAGAGUCAGAUAAUGACGCUUUAAAUAUUGUAACGUGUGAGCAUUAGAUUUCAGAAUGAAGUAAAAACAUUUGAUUAUUGGAAAUUUUUUGAUGUUUUAAGCACGCACUGUGGUCGUGUGAAGCGUCUUGUUGUCUAUACGGAGCAGGAUUUUUGUUGUUUGUGACUGAAAUAAAAAUGUUUAAAUAAUGUGACUGUGCUAAUAAAGUUACAAUACAGGAAGUACUGACACACAUUUAUUUGUGCCCCAUCUACCCCCUGAAUUAUAUCUGCUGUAGCUGCUAACAGAGCUCUAAGUGUGCAACUUCAGCACCGCAGGGUUACUUUGACCUUUAGUUCAUACUGAAUACAUUUGUAACACCACUGAAGAGAUUCACAACUACGUGAGUGCUAAAUCAUCAAUGCACAAACAAAAACAAACUAACCACGACAUCAUGUUUACAGAGGUUUGACUUUAUUAAGUGACUGAUUGACGAUGUGGGACAGAUACAUCCUUUGUUAGCAGAAUGACACAGAUUCAAGCGUUUGUGUGCGACUGGACAUUCUGGGGUUAAUCUGAAGGCAGAGUAAAGGAGCCCCCAGUCUUCUUUAAUCAUACAAUAUGAUUAAAAGGUAGGAAAGGACAUUCUUCUAGCUCGGUUGGUAUUCAUUUGAAUAUUUAAAAAGGUGGCAAUAAAAUACACUUGUGCAUCUCAACCAUAUCUCGUCCUCCACGGGCACCACUGAUCUUACAAUAGAAUAUUUUCUUCUUAUGCUCUUUAAUUGCUUCAUAAUGAAUCGAAGCCGUCGUAACUGUGAGACUAUUUUUUUUCCUUUUGCUUUUAAUACAAUGAAAAUAAAUAUCAAUUUGCAUAAAUUAUGCUACAUGAAUGAGCCUGACAGUAGUUACCUUAGAGAUUCUCCUGAGCUUUUAGGAGCACAUGGUAAUAUUAAAGGGGCGAGUAGAGUAUGUGCUUUUAUUAUUGGCCAACAUGUUAAAACUCUUUUAAAAGUUCUGUAAUGUUUGUAUGAGUUUAUACACACUAUGACUGCUGUUGUUAUUCCCCUGGCAUCCGUGUUAGCACCGCAUUUCUGUUUCAUAAUUAAGUAGCUGUUAAAGUAUCAUCAUGGUGAUGAGGUUAGCCAGGACCUCUUAAGAAAUGAACACACUAACAGUAGCUGUGACCGGUACCAACAACAGGACACAUAA